AUGGAGGGGGAUGAGACUACAGAAUCUUCUCUCGUCAAGAGGGAAGGUUCUCUGGGUCUUGGUCCCAGGCCUCCUUCUGCCAACAUUGUCAAGCUCGAGGGCAACGAUGUCGGAUAUCAUGUCUCAAUGGCCCGACCCGGAACCAUGGUUCAGACGUCGGUGACAGUCGAAAGCGAUGGUGAUGAGGAUGCUCGAGCCCCUCGCCCAGGGGUUACAUCGGACAAAGGUGAAAAUCACGUCGACGACCAAUCGGACUGCAGCAGCGAAUUAUCUGAGCCAGAAGAAUAUUCCGAUGACGAUUUCGUCGACCCUGCUAAAGCUCGCAUUGCGUCCCAACAAGAGGAGAAACAGCAUCAGCCGGCCAAAGCGAAGCCGAGGACGCCACGCCGCCCAGCAAAGAACGUCGCCGAAUAUGCGGCCAGGCUCUCCGCCAGCCGCAAGGAGGCAUUCCUCAAGUACAUGGUGAGUAACAUAGGGCUCGUUGACCAAAGAGGCUUCAUCCCGCCACCGCCGGCUCGAAACAAGUCCAAGAAGAAGCAGAAGAGCACCGAGGUCACACACGCCACUGCUGUCCCAUCCUACAUGCCUUCGUUCUCUGGUGUUGAAGAAGAAGAACCCACUUUCGUCACCAAGGCGGACAACAUGAAAGAGAUCGCCAAGUGCACAAACAGCGUAGGCAACAACCGUCAUGGCAAGACCCAGAAGCGGGAUGUCAAAGAAGGCUCCAAGGUCUUCGGUCGAGCCCAAGUCAGAUGCUACCAGGCAGACACGCCAGCUGGCCCAGAACGGCGCUAUCAGAUCAAGGGCAUGAUGGCCAUGCUGAAGGAAUAUCAGCUUCCUCUCGCGGCCUGGUGGGUUCUGCAAGAGCACUCAGACAUUGGCCCCCAGGGCGGCAUUGUCGCUGAUAUGCCUGGUUUUGGCAAGACCAUCGUCACUCUUGCUGCAAUCCAUGGCAAUCAACCCGAGACAGCCAAACGAGACGCAGGAGAGGGGGCGACGCUGGUAGUGGCGCCCAACGCUCCGCUUGCUCAACAGUGGAGGAACGAGAUUCGCAUCCACCUUGGCCCGAAAUAUCAUGAUCAGACCAUUCUAUUGUCCACCCUACAGGAUGACCGGCUAGAUCCCGGGGCCUUGGCCAGAAAGUGGAUCGUAAUUGCCACUUAUACUUUCCGGGCAGCAUACGCUGUCAAGGCACAACACAAAUGGGGUCUCAGUGGCACACCACUCAGCAACAGGAUUGAAGAGCUAUACUCUUACACAAAACUCAUCGGUUGCACAAAUAUCACAAGCUUUCGGGAGUUUAAAGAAGUUUAUGUGCUUUCAAGCGAUGCAAAAGAUAGGAUCGAUGUUCUCAUGACCAACAACAGCUAUCGAAGGUGGCUGGACAUUAUAUUCGACACUGACGACAACGCAAGAACCGGCAACAAAAAGUAUGUUGGUCACAUGCGGUACAGGCAGUUGGUGUCGCACGCCUAUUCCCUGGAGUCUUUCCUCCGUGAUGACGGUCCAAACGGCGUAUCCGUGGACGAGCUGCAGGUGCUGCUCGAGAUGGUGCGAAAGGUCGAGGAGCAGCCAAGGACACCUAGCACUCUCGAUCAAAUUGGAUGCUGUUCGGAGUUUGGAACACGAUGCUGCCCCUUCGCGCCGCUCAUUGAAAUGAUCAUCGAUUAUCACCAAAUACGAGCCACAGGCUGCUCGAGUUGCGAUGGUCCCGUUUCUGAUCCUCAGAAAGCACAAGCAUGUGGUCAUUACACCUGCGGCGGUUGUCUAACCGAGUGGCUCAAAACCGAACAGCGCACUGAGUGUCCUCGCUGCAAUACUCCGACACCGUUCCUCAAGAUAAUAACCCUCGGUACGCUGGAGACUCAAUUUGACGCCCAAGAGCAAGCAAGGGAAGACGAGAUCAAAAGCUCAUUGAAGAGGAAGCGGGCAAGCCGACCGAACUUCAACCGCAGAGGCGGGCGAGCGGCUCAACGAGCUCGCCGAUCAGCCAGCAACCCUAGUGACCGUCGUGUCGGACAAGACAACCAAGGCGUGACGCCUUUACUUGCGCCCCGCGAUACUACCUUUAUCAAGGCAGCUUUCGUCUUGAACAACAGAAUGCCGGCCGCGGGCUCGAAGCUCACGGCAGUCAAGGACACUCUGCUCAGAUGGCAGAGAGAUUUCCCAGAAGACAAGUGCAUCAUCUUUGUGCAAUUCGUCAAAACACUUCUGAUGACCGGCAUCAUGCUCCAGCUUGAAGGCAUUGACUUCGUCUACACCUAUGGCAAAAUGUUGUCAAAGCAAAAGUCGAAGGCCAAAAAUAUAUUCGAGACUGACCCGACUGUCAAGGUCCUGGUCGCAACCAUGGGAACAUGUAGCGAAGGCCUCAACUUGACGUGCGCCAAUCGCGUCAUUGUUGUUGACGCGUGGUGGAACAGUGCUAGGGAGCAGCAGUCAUUCGGCCGUGUCGUCCGCACUGGACAAUGCAAAGAGACGUACUGCGUGAGGCUGAAAUCGCCGAAUUCAAUUGACGACAAGAUUGAGAAGAUUCAGACCAGCAAGAAUGAGGUCGUGGACUGUGCCGUCCAGGAUGACGGGCACGACCCCUUUACUCUCUCCGAGCUUGGCGUCAUGAAUCUGCUCAACCCUGAGAAAUACCUGGAGCUCUGCAAAGAAACCCUAUCGAAGAUCAAGAACCUAAAGGAGGCCGAACUUGCGAAGUGA